AUGAUGGAAACUGAAAACGCAUCUGGGAAUUCCUUCAUGCAGAACUCAUCAUCACGUACAUCUUUUGGUCACUCAGGGUCCAAACCUGCGAGGCAUGGUUCAAACUCAAAGGCUGAUUCUGAAGCUUUCAGUAUGUCUCAGAAAGAAAUCAGUGAUGAAGAUGCUAGGUUGAUUUAUGUGGAUGAUCCUGAUAAGACAAAUGAGAGAUUUGAAUUUUCUGGGAAUUCAAUUCGUACGGGAAAGUAUUCUUUUCUCACUUUUCUUCCUAGGAAUUUGUUUGAACAGUUUCAUAGAGUUGCUUAUGUUUAUUUCCUUAUCAUUGCUAUUCUUAAUCAGUUACCUCAACUAGCUGUUUUUGGGAGAGGUGCUUCACUUUUACCAUUAACUAUUGUUCUUCUUGUUACUGCUGUUAAGGAUGCUUAUGAGGAUUGGAGGAGACAUAGGUCAGAUAAAGUUGAGAACAAUAGGUUAGGAUUGGUUUUGGUGAAUGGUUGUUUCGUUGAGAAGAAAUGGAAAGAUAUUAGAGUUGGUGAGAUUAUUAAAAUCAAUGCUAAUCAACCAAUUCCUUGUGAUUUUGUUUUGUUGUCCACUAGUGAUCCUACCGGUGUUGCUUAUGUUCAGACUCUUAAUCUAGAUGGUGAGUCGAAUUUGAAAACUAGGUAUGCGAAACAAGAGACUCAAUUUAAGUUUCGUGAUAAGGAGAGGUUUAGUGGUUUGAUUAAGUGUGAGAAACCGAAUAGGAACAUAUAUGGAUUUCAAGCUACAAUGGAGGUUGAUGGGAAGAGAUUGUCUCUUGGUUCUUCCAAUAUUGUACUCAGAGGAUGUGAACUUAAGAAUACUAAUUGUGUUGUUGGUGUUGCUGUGUAUUGUGGCCGUGAGACCAAAGCUAUGCUCAACAAUUCUGGAGCUCCGUCUAAGAGGAGCCGGCUCGAGAGUCAGAUGAACUCUGAGAUCAUCAUGCUUUCUUUCUUUCUUGUAACUUUGUGUACGGUCACUUCAGUUUGUGCCGGUGUUUGGUUAAAGCAAAACAAAAGUAAAUUAAACCUAUUGCCUUAUUAUAGGAAAUUGGAUGUUUCCAAGGGAAAAGAGGCAAAUUAUCAAUACUAUGGAUGGGGAGUGGAAAUCAUUUUCACGUUCCUCAUGUCAGUUAUAGUUUUCCAGAUUAUGAUCCCUAUAUCCUUGUACAUUUCUAUGGAGCUUGUCCGUGUUGGUCAGGCCUAUUUCAUGAUCAAAGAUUCCAGAUUGUAUGACGAGGCAACAAAUUCAAAGUUUCAGUGCAGGGCCUUGAAUAUCAAUGAAGAUUUAGGGCAAAUUAAAUAUGUUUUUUCGGACAAAACCGGUACUCUCACCGAGAACAAGAUGGAGUUUCAAUGCGCCAGCAUCUGGGGUGUUGAUUACAGUUCUGCUAAAGUCAGUCUUGAGAAUGAGCAAGUUGAAUACUCUCUUCAAGUGGAUGGAAAGGUCUUGAAGCCAAAGAUGAAGGUGAAAGUUAAUGAAGAGCUUUUGCAAUUAUCAAAAAGUGGAUUUGCAAACCGAGAUGGAAACCGGAUUUACGAUUUCUUUCUUGCACUCGCAGCAUGCAAUACUAUUGUGCCUCUUGUUAUUGACACAUCUGACCCUAAAGUUAAGCUGGUAGAUUAUCAAGGGGAAUCACCAGAUGAACAAGCUUUGACUUAUGCUGCUGCUGCCUACGGCUUUAUGCUUAUUGAACGAACCUCAGGUUACAUAGUCAUUGAUAUUCAUGGAGAAAGACAAAGGUUCAAUGUCUUGGGUUUGCAUGAAUUUGAUAGUGAUCGGAAAAGGAUGUCGGUUAUAUUAGGAUACAAUGACAAUUCAGUGAAACUUUUCGUCAAAGGGGCGGAUACAUCAAUGUUUAGUGUAAUCAAUAAAUCAUUGAACACAGACAUAAUACAAGCAACAGAAACCCAUCUGCAGGCGUAUUCUUCCAUCGGUUUGAGGACGCUUGUUAUUGGGAUGCGUGACUUGAAUCCUUCAGAAUUUGAUCAAUGGCACUUUGCUUUUGAGGCAGCAAGUACUUCUUUGAUUGGUAGGGCUGCUUUGCUUCGUAAGAUUGCAACCAAUGUAGAGAAUAACCUAUGCAUAUUAGGCGCUACCGCUAUCGAAGAUAAACUGCAACAAGGUGUGCCAGAAUCUAUUGAGUCUCUAAGGCAAGCUGGUAUUAAAAUAUGGGUAUUGACGGGUGACAAGCAGGAAACCGCAAUUUCUAUUGGCUACUCCUCAAGGCUGCUAACAAACGGCAUGACUCAAUUUAGAAUUAAGAGCCAUAAUCGAGAGUCGUGUAGAAGACAUCUACAAGAUGCACUUCUCAUGUCUAGAAAAAAUGAGGUUGGCAAUUAUUUUGACGGAAGUUCCAUUGAUGUUGUUUCAACUCCGAUGGCCUUGAUUAUUGAUGGUACAAGCCUUGUAUAUAUUCUUGACAAUGAACUUGAAGAAGAGCUCUUUGAACUUUCACAAAGAUGCUCUGUUGUUCUAUGUUGUCGAGUGGCUCCCUUACAAAAGGCUGGAAUUGUGUCGCUCGUGAAGAAAAGGACAUCUGACAUGACUCUAGCUAUUGGAGAUGGUGCUAAUGAUGUAUCAAUGAUCCAAAUGGCUGAUGUUGGGGUUGGCAUCAGUGGACAGGAGGGUAGGCAAGCUGUAAUGGCUUCAGAUUUUGCAAUGGGGCAGUUUAGGUUUUUAGUUCCUCUCUUAUUCAUACACGGACAUUGGAAUUACCAACGACUAGGCUACAUGGUGCUAUACAAUUUUUACAGAAAUGCUGUCUUUGUUCUAAUUCUAUUUUGGUAUGUGCUCUUCACUGCCUUCACUGUGACAACUGCUAUAAACGAAUGGAGCAGUGUGUUGUAUUCAAUAGUCUACACUGCAGUGCCAACUAUUGUUGUUGGUAUUCUUGACAAGGAUCUUAGUAAAAGGACUCUCCUCCAUAAUCCUCAGCUUUAUGGGGCUGGACAAAGACAAGAGGCCUACAACAAAAAAUUGUUUUGGUUGAUGAUAGCCGAUACUUUAUGGCAAAGCAUUGUUGUCUUCUUUGCUCCUCUCUUUGCAUAUUGGGGAAGCACCAUAGAUAUAGCAAGCAUAGGGGAUCUUUGGACUCUUUCGGUAGUUAUUUUGGUCAAUUUGCACUUGGCUAUGGAUGUAAUCAGGUGGAGUUGGAUUUCUCACGCAUCCAUUUGGGGGUCUAUCAUUGCAACUUUCAUAUGUGUCAUGAUUAUUGAUGCUAUACCGUCACUUCAUGGUUACUGGGCCAUCUUUGAUGUUGGAGGCACUGCAUUGUUCUGGUUAUGUUUAAUUGGAAUACAAAUAGCAGCAUUGCUUCCCCGUUUUGUCGUAAAAUUCAUUCAUCAAUAUUAUUGUCCCAAUGAUAUUCAGAUUUCAAGAGAGGUAGAGAAGUUUAAGAAUCCAAGGAUCAAUAGAAAUGCAGAGAUAGAAAUGUUUCACAUCUCAAAUCCACAAAGAUAA